AUGAGCUUUGCAAUCGAGGUUCCUGGCGAGGCGAAUCCUCUAUCAUUCGAAACACUCUGUCGCGCGUUACAGUCCGCCACAUCAAACGACUUUGCGCAAAGACAAGCAGGUGGACAGCAGCUUGCCUCUUGGGAGCACACACCAGGCUACUACUCGUCCUUGCAAGGUGUCUUCCUCGACAAAUCUAUUCCGACCGAUGUCCGAUUUCUUGCCGUCAUUCAGCUCAAAAAUGGCAUCGAUAAGUACUGGAGGCUUUAUGCCCAAGUGAAGAACGGAAUAAAACCAGACGAGAAGACCUUGAUCCGCUCUCGACUCUUUCAAGGGACCAUAGACGAAGACGAACGACACCUAGCGCUGCAUAAUUCUCUUGUUGUGGCUAAAGUCGUGAGAAUCGACUACCCAGCAGACUGGCCCGAUGCUCUUUCCAGCCUAAUUGCGUUGCUGCGUUCUGGUAAGGACGGAAAUCAGCAGCACCUCCAUGGAACUCUUCAGAUUCUGCUUGGAGUGGUAAAGGAGUUGGGAACUGCGCGGUUAAGAAAAUCGCAAACGGCUUUGCAGUCCGUCACACCUGAGAUGGUUUAUGUUUUGAAUGAGAUAUACACGGAGAAGACGGCCCUCUGGUUGGCAUUCUUGACUGGCAGCCAAGGAUCAGAAAACGGCGCCAAUAUCGCCAUGCACAACAGUCUUUUGGCGUUAAAGAUCUUGAGAAGACUAAUAACCCUUGGAUAUGAGCGACCCCAUACCGACAAAUCGGUGGAACAAUUUUGGACGGUUUCGCAAAACCAGUUUGGCCAGUUACUUGGCUUUGUGGGCCAGGAAUCGAACAUACCCUCAACAUAUCAAGACCUCGUUGGCAAGCACCUUCUUCAGUUUACAAAAUUGCAUAUAGACAUGGCCGAGCAACACGCAGCGAGCUUCUCUAUUUUACCCAACUCUCUUCCUCUAGUUCAUGCAUAUUGGGACCUGGUGUCAAAGUUUGCUGAAGUGUUUGAUACCUCGGGUGGUAUUCGUCAAGGGUCUGGUGAUGCUGGUUCAUCCAAGGCCAAGGUUGAAGGUCCUUUGCAAGAGCGGCUAGCACUUAAGGGCUUGCUACUACUCCGUGCUUGCGUGAGGAUCGCGUUUCAACCUGUGCAGACGUUCAAAUACCGGACGCCUGAGACCAAGGCGGAGCAGGAACAGGCUAGAAAUAUUAUCAAAACAGAACUUCUCAAAGACGAUCUCGUCAUCCAGAUUGUCAACUCGAUCAUCACACAUUUAUUUGUCUUCAGACGCUCGGAUCUUGAAGCUUGGGAGGAGGACCCUGAAGAGUGGGAACAACAAGAGCAGAGCGAGGGCAAUGCCUUUGAAUGGGAAGUUCGGCCCUGCGCAGAGAAACUAUUCCUGGAUUUGCUCACAAACUUCAAGCAACUCAUCAUACCGCCACUCCUUUCAUACUUCCAGUCUGCACAAUCUCCGCAGUCCGAUAUUGCCACAAAAGAAGCAGUCUACACAGCAAUGGGACUUUCAGCCGCCCACGUCGUCAAUGUGUUUGAUUUUGAUGCCGUCCUAUCAUCAACGAUUGUGAACGACGCUCAGCAACAAGGCGAACUGCACAAGGUGUUGCGGCGGCGGAUAGCCAUACUGAUAAGCCAAUGGGCACCUGUCAAGCUGGCGGAUACCAGUCGACCCUUAGUGUAUCAAGUCUUUCAACAUUUCUUGAACCCCAAUGACGAGACAAACGACUUGGUUGUGCGAAUCACCGCAGCAAGACAGCUGCGAUGGAUCGCAGACGAGCUCGACUUUAGCGUGGAGGCAUUCUUGCCCUACACUGCCGAUGUUCUCUCCCAGCUUAUCCAGCUUGUCCAGAAUGUUGACGUUGAUGAGACCAAGUUGGCCAUUCUAGAGUCAGUUAGAAUCCUGGUUACGCGAAUGGAAGACCAAGUGUCACAAUUUGGGGACCAACUAAUGUCUGCACUUCCCACUGUUUGGCAGAACUCUGGAACAGAGGAAUACAUGAUCAAACAAGCAGUCAUUGCCAUUUUUGCAGCUCUGGUAAUGAGCAUGGGCGAGACAUCACAGCGAUAUCAGAACUUCAUGAUUCCUCUCCUAUCGGAGGCGGCUCGUCCAGGCUCUGAUCUCCAUGUGCAUCUUAUCGACGAGUCACUCGAGCUGUGGAACGCAAUUCUUAUGCAAAGCAAAGCUCCUCUGGCGCCAGAAGUCAUCAAUCUUGCAGAAAUGGCUUUACCGCUGCUGGAGUACCAGUCAGAUACGGCAUCACAAGCCCUUGUUGCGAUAGAGUCAUACGUUUUAAUAGCGCCGUCGGCAAUGUUGGAGGACAAACUUCGCCGUCCGACUCUGGCAGCCCUCUCGGGGGCGCUUGAUGCGAAGAGCCGUGAACAAGUGCGCCUUGCAACAGUCUGUAUAGAAUACCUCAUCCGCGCAGCUACUGAGCUUGGUGGCUCAAAUGGCAUUUCAGUCAUCGUCCAAGACAUGCUUGAAACAGGGUUCAUGAACAAGAUCAUGACCAACCUCCAUGAUGCGUGGGAGGCACACCAGACGACCGGUCCUAACAGGAAGAUUUCGAAGCUGAACACCGUCACAGAAGGAGACUAUCUUGCCAUAUUGGCUCGCAUUGCCCUCGCAGAACCCCAUCUCUUUGUGCAAAUGCUCAAGACAUUUGGUGCGGUAGAUCAGGUGUGGUCCUGGCUGUCUGCAGAAUGGUUCUCGCACCUCUCUAGCAUGGACCACCAGGAACGCCAAAAGCUGUACCUGCUCGGUCUUACAAGGCUUCUCGAACUCCCUUCUCCCAUGCAGGAACUUGCACUAGUCAAACUACAAGACUACUUCGACAUGUGGACAAACGUCAUCAUUGAAGUGCAGGAAGGCGAGUUGAGUGGUCCUGAUACCCUUGUAUGGGGCGAGUUGGAGCCCACGGAAUAUGAUACCCCCAAGAUGAUUACGGAGCAACAAACCAUGGCUAAGGAUCCAGUUCAUUCUGUGCCGGCAUUUGCAUUUGUGAGUGCCAGGUUGCAGGAUUUGGUGGGCCGUGUUGGCGGCGAGGCUGCAUUUGAAGAGCAGUGGGCUGUGAAUGUGGAUAAGGAUGUUCUUGGAAGGUUUAGGGAAUUGGCAAACGCUGCGAGAUAG